UACUGGGCUUUAGAUGCCCAUAUAACCACAGCCCAUAUAACCACCCCUUAACUGUAUCGUCACCAAGUUAGGUUUUCCAGCUCCUUAAGUGAAAAAUCAAAGCAGCCGCUAACCGAAGAACACAACACUCUCGACACACAUUAGAAGCUCCAACCAUGUCGCUGGUAGCAAAUGAGGAUUUCCAGCACAUUCUGCGUGUGCAGAACACUAACGUGGACGGGAAGCAGAAGAUCAUGUUCGCGCUGACCUCCAUCAAGGGUAUCGGCCGCAGGUUUGCCAAUAUCGUUUGCAAGAAGGCUGAUAUUGACAUGAACAAGAGAGCUGGUGAACUCUCCAAUGCUGAAAUUGAUAGCCUUAUGGUGAUUGUUGCAAAUCCUCGUCAAUUCAAGAUCCCAGAUUGGUUUCUUAAUAGGAAGAAAGAUUACAAGGAUGGGAAAUUUUCACAGGUGACAUCUAAUGCCUUGGAUAUGAAGCUUAGGGAUGAUCUUGAGCGCCUUAAGAAAAUCAGGAACCACCGUGGGCUCCGCCACUAUUGGGGUCUUCGUGUUCGUGGACAGCACACAAAGACCACCGGACGCAGGGGAAAGACUGUUGGUGUUUCCAAAAAACGUUGAACCGCUUUUUUUGUUAUUGUUUCCCCUUUUGUUUUUCUAUAUAUGCAUUAAGAGAGGAUGAUUUUGAUUUGAUUUAGUAUACACUUCACUUUGAAGUUUUUUGGAUAAUCCUAAGCUAUUCGACUUAUGGACUUUGUCACUUGUGGGCUGUUUCUGUAUCUGCAUUCAGAUGUUUUGUUUUGGAUCUGACUUUUUUUGUUUUUUGGGUGAUCACUGUUUAGACAGUGACUGACCUAAACCAAAUUGAAGUCAUAAAAAAUAGAAGUUAACAGAAAAAAAGCUUAGAGCGAGAGCAAUUUUAUAAACAUGUGAACAGUAUUGCACGUAGUUUUAUAUUACUCACCGCAUUACAAUU